UCUUCACUUCCGGCAAAAUGACAGGAUGAGAUUGUAGCAUCGGCGCUAAUCAAAAAUCCAUCUCAGGGUGAUGGGGCCAGACGGUGCCCCGGGUCCAGCUGUGCCCUGGCGGAAGGUGCUGUGGGAACGCCAGCCAUUCCCUGAUAACUAUGUGGACCAAAGGUUUCUGGAGGAAUUACGGAGGAAUGAAGGCAUUCGUCAGUACCGCUACUGGGCUGUGGUGAAAGAGGCAGGCUUUGUCGGAGAGCAGAUGUCCUGUGUUGCUAUUUUUAUCACCCUCUGGUUCUACAUGGAGCAGGGUCUGCUGUCCCCUGAGAGGUUGUUGUGGACCAGCCUUGUUUGCGCCCUGCUGGGUUACGGACUGCACCGAGCCUUGACGUCUCAAGUCGUAUCAGGCUGUGAGCCCCGGACUCGUCUGGCCGAUUUACAGAGCGCCACUAUUUUUCUCUCCUUCACCUUUGGCUUCUCGCCAGUUCUAAAGACACUAACAGAGUCUGUGAGUACUGACACCGUGUACGCCAUGUCUGCUGUGAUGCUGCUGGCCCACCUGAUCUUCUUCCCUUACGCCCAGCCCUCGCCGCCUGGCAGCCUCUCCCUAAACGCAGCCCUGUUUGCCUCGGUGUGUUUGGCCUCGAGGUUACCUGGGGCUCUGCACACCUUCGCCAUGCUCAGCUGUGCCCUGCUGGUGUUUGCCCUGUGGCCCUGCCUGCUGCAGAGGCUGAGGGAGAACGCCCCUUGCCAGUUCACCGGGGUGUGUGUUGGCGUGUGUGUCGGAGGGGUGGGUGGUCUGGGGUCCCAGUGGCCCGGAGGAGCCGUGCUCUUAGCCCUCGCCUUAGGGAGUGUUACGUUACUCUGCCCCCUGCUGCUCGUCAGACUGCAGAGGCACAAGGACAACAUCCAAGGACCCUGGGACGAGGCUGAGAUUCAUGAGGACCUCAGCCACUUAUUCGCUAACAGACAGAGCUAACAGGAGCACAUGCUGCUGACCGGAUAUUUAAACCAACUGAUGAUUUCAUAUGAACUACUCUCCUUUCCGGUUUCUGUAUUAUGUUAGUUAAACUGACAUGCUUAACUCUUUUAUCAUUGGGCAGCCAUGACAACUACUAUUACAAAGAAUAUAAAGAUGUUUUUAAUGUGCUGCUAUUGUCUUAAAGUGCUGACCUCACAAUUUUUAUGAAAGGUGUCAACUAACAUAUGACACUGACUCAGUUUACUGGACAACAGUCUGAUGCUAUGCACUCAUUUGAUGUCAGUGAUGCUUUAAUAAUCUGUGGGAGUUGUAUCUUUUUAUUAUUGCAGGCAGUUUGUUGUGUAUGAAUGGAUGGAUGCAGAAUGUUUAUCACAGUGGAAUGCAAACUAAGGUUGUCAGAUGUAUCAAUAACUUGAUACUUUUACAGCACCAUGAGUUAAAAACAAUACAUAAAUUUAGUAUCGAAAGUACCAAUUUUAUAAGAAAAAACAAUGUCUAUAUCAUCUGAUUUUCAACCCAAGAAUAAUUCAAAAAUCCUGUUUUGUGUGCUUAAGACUUUUGACAGACUUUUGGGUUUUUUUCUCCAUGGUAUGGAAAAAAGUGUCUUGGGAUAACCAGAAGGUAAUUUUCACCUGGACUACAGUGCGAGUGUGAUGCAACAGUAAAUAAAUAAUAACCUCAAAUGUGUUGUCAAUGGUACGUAAUGCUCAUUUUAUCUUAAUUUUAGACCAGCAUCUUGUCACAUGUUUAAUGUUUACCAGUUUUUUUUAUUAAUUAAUAAAGAUUAAAGCUUUUGUGAAUAAACCUGA